CGCGUUCGUGAAGCGGCAGAGCCAAACGUUCGCGCUAAUUGCAAGGGGGAACGCAGCUCAGAGCAUCACCACCCGCGCCAUUAUCGGCUCGGGAAAACAACAUUCACUUGUAAUCAUAAUAAUACAUCGCGCACACCAAAAAUAUAAACAAUGCAAACGGUUACGGAUUCUAAAUGCAUACAUACCAGCAACGAGGGAGGGUACAUGUAAAAAUAUAUAUAUAUUACAGCACACGGACCAAUCGGUGGGUAAUGAUGUCGAGCAUGGCGAGGUGUGAUUUCAAUUUCAAAUGGUCCCUAUUCACCGGCGGCUGAAAGGAGCCACCCAUCCUAGCCAGAGCGCACGACUUACAGCCACACACACACACGCACACCCUCAUCACACUGGCAGAUUCACAGCAGUCGCGCAAACAAUCACGGAGGAAAGACUCCCAGCAGACGCGCACACACUCAAGAAAGACAGCAGACGCGCACACACUCACGCACGGAGACUCACAUCAGACGCGCACACGCGCACGAAAGAGAGCACACGCGCACACACUCACGCACGGAGACUCGCAUCAGACGCGCACACACGCACGAAAGAGAGCACACGCGCACACACUCACGCACGGAGACUCGCAUCAGACGCGCGCAGACACCAGCGGGGGUUGGCGGCAGGGGGGGUGGUGGUCCUCUUCAUCCGCCAGGCAGACACCGCGCGCCUCGCGUGCUCACUGCACGAGUCGGAGCCUCCAUCCACUCGCUCACAUCCACCAUCACUAAACGCGCUUGCUCGGCAUUCUGGCGUAGUUUUAUUGUCUUUGUUGUGAUGUUUAUAGCAUUAGAAAUAUAGCAUUUCUCAUUCUCGUCUUUUUUUUUUCAAAUUUCUUUCCCCUCCCGUCUGCAACGUAAUUAAAAAAAGGAGUACACAAACAACCCGGAUGAAAUAGAGGAACCGAAAAUGAGAUUGGAGACACUUGCACAGUGUGUCGCGGAAUAAGAUAACAUAGGCUGCAGUAGUGUAGCUCGUGCAGGGUCUACGGUAGAGAUAUCGCGUGGAGGACGAGGUAGGCUCAUUGAGAUAUAAACAAGACAGGCAGGUAGGUAGGCAGGCACGUGGGUAGGCAGGCAGGCAGAUACAGGAAUAGGUGGCAAUGCGCGUGGACGAGAAGGCAGAGGGGCCCGACUGCGACUUGGCCCCGCUGUGAUCUGGCAUCUGGGAUGCGGAUGAGUCGUCAUGCGGGGCUCAGCCUGUGCCUCCCGGCUGCGCGCCCUGCUGCCCGCAGCGCUCUGCUGCCUGGCGGCGCUCGCCGGCGAGAGGUCGUGGGGUCUCCCCGCCGGACUUGGCUCCCAGGGGCACAACGGGUCGGCUCCCUGCACUGCGCCGGCCAGCAAUGGCACCAGCAGAAGCAGCGCUGCGCAGAACUGCUCGGAUGUCACUGCACCAGUGAGCAAUGUCGGAGCAUCUGUGUGUGAUGACAGCACGUGUAAGCAUGGUGGUAUGUGCACCGCCAACCUGCUGGGGAACAUCACAUGCACAUGUGAAUUCCAGUGUUUCCCAGAUGUUGUGCCAGUGUGUGGCUCCGACGGACUAAGCUACCAGAACGAGUGCCACCUGCGCCAGACAGCGUGUCGCUUGCAGCGCAUCAUCACUCAAGCUGCGCCCGGACCCUGUUACACCGAACUCGGCUCCGGAUCAAGUAAUGGAGCCGACUACGAGGGGUCCGGGUCGGAACAUUACAGAAAGUCGACCAAAUGUGGGAUUUGCCUGUACGGAUCUGAAUGCGAUGAGGAUGCUGAGGAUAUUGGCAGGUGCGUGUGCAACAUCGACUGCACGGGACACAACUCCAACCCCGUGUGCGCGUCAGAUGGGGUGUCGUAUGAGAACCCCUGCCUGGUGAAGGAGGCGUCCUGCAUGAAGCAACAGCUCAUUGAGGUCCGCUUCCUGGGGAAGUGCAAUCCAGCAGACAGCACCCGUGACCAAGAAGAGCCAGUGGUGAGGGACCGCGGGGAGCUUUGCCCUGAGAGCCUCCAGAACUAUUGUCGCAACGGACAAUGCCAUUAUUCGCACACGCAACGCCAUGCCUCCUGCAUCUGCGACCCAGGCUUUCUGGGCCAGCAGUGUGAGAGCGAGGAGAGCAGCAUGCUGUACGUGAUCCCUGACGGAGACAACCUGCGCUACGUGCUCAUCGCCUCGGUGGUGGGCGCCGUGCAGAUCACCAUCACGUUCGCGCUCGUCGUCUGCGUGGCCAGGAGAUGCCCGAAAAACAGAAGACGGCGGUAAAAGUGAAUUGUACGCUUUCUUCAAAAAGAACAACAGAAACUUCAAUCAAAGUGCGAAACACUCUAAUGGCUUACUUCCCAUGCCACCAGUAAACCUGCCCGUGGCAUUGAUUGGGAAUAGCCACUUUUGGAUCACUAAUACAAAUGUGAUGCGUUGGUGGGGCUUGAGAGAAUUUUAAAGAAAUCAAGUUUGCAAGGAAAAGGUUUUUUUUAAAAGCAUUCACCGCAAGGCUCUCAUAUGUCUCCCCAUAUCCCAUGACGCUCCUGCAUCUCCGUGGCCAUAUGUUGAACGUCUGAACACUGUGCCAUCUGAAUGAGUGAGUGCGAGGUGCCUGUCCCCACCAUGGCCCUGUGAUGAGGACUAACUUGAGAGCCAGGGCUGCACGUCUGUUCAUGCGGCUCGCUUCAUGUGCCACUAUUCAUGGUAAAUAGACAGGUGAGGCGUAUGUUACAUCGCCUUACUUGUUUAUCGAUGAAUUAUUACCUACAAUCUGCCAAGGCAGUACAUAUUUAUAUCGUUCGAUGUCAUUUAUUUCUGUGGUGAGUUAAUAUAUUGUACACUUUUCUAUUUAUUUUCUUUUGCCAACUUUCAUUUUGCAUAACUACGAGUCGACAAAAAAAUGUAACGUGUCAGAAAAGGUUGGGUUAUUCUUAAAUGGCUACUUUGCCAAUUGCUUUUGUUUAUAUAAAACCAUGUACAGUAAUUACCAAUAGUGUGCAAAAUCAUUCCCCUCUGGUAAUGCGUCUGGAUAAGCCCUCUGCUAGUUUGGAAAGCUGUCGUUGUUGUACGUACUGAUCUGUGUGUUCAAUAAGAAGUGUAAAAACUAUAAUGGGCAAACCCAAUGUUAAAUUACCCAGCAAGGCCCAGUGGCAUGCACACAAUCCAUAGAAGGGCGGUGGGGGGGGAUGGGAGGACAAAGAGGUUAAAGAAUUCCUACAAGGUUGCUAAGCAAAUCGUUAAUUUGCAUACAGCAUGACUGCUACGACCCAGAUGUGCCAUCCUGAACGAUCCGCAGAUUACAUUCACGUAGCUCGGCUCGUAAACCAAGAGUAUUGCUCCUGCGGGUACCCCCUGGAGCAGGAUUUUGUGCAGGCCACUCAUGAGGUCACUUUAAAAUAGAUCGUGUAGAAUUCCUUUCUGAAAUUUGCUUCAAGCAUCUGUUUUUUGUGUGACCUGCUUGAAAUUGCAAAAAACAUGUAAAUAAAAUGAGUUUCGUGUUGUUA